GUCCUUUUGACUCAUAAUAACAAUCAUGCUCUCCUACUAGCCCACCUUGAAGAUUCUCCUCCUAUGAGGCUAUAAUCCCUCCCCACCACUAGGAUCCAUCCCAUCCCUCCCUCCCUCCGCAGUCCCAGCCGAAGAAACCCAGAACAAUCUCCUCAACAAACUACAGCUAAUUAAUCAGUCCACCGAUCAAUCUACAGUUAUUAUGGGCAUAACCCACAACCCCCACCACAACCAUUUCCCCACCAAGAAACUCAUCACUUGGGCUCUCUAUGCCCUCAUCCCCUUAGCCCUCCUCCAUUUCUACCUCUUCCCCCUCUCCUUCCCCCACCGCCAAUCCCCAUCUCCCCCUCAUUCCCAAACCCCCGUCCACACAAUCUCCUCCUCCCAUCAAGCAACAGGUGAGCGGAGGCUGCGGUGCGACUACGGGGAGGGGCGAUGGGUUCGGGACGCGGCGGGGCCGCUGUACAACGGCACGAGGUGCGGCACCAUCAAGGACGGCCAGAACUGCAUGGCGCACGGCCGCCCCGACACCGGCUAUCUGCACUGGCGCUGGGAGCCGAAGCGCUGCGCCCUCCCGCGGUUCGACCCCGCGUCAUUUCUUACGCUGCUGAAGGGCAGGCACCUGGCGAUGGUCGGCGACUCCAUGGCGCGGAACCAAAUGGAGUCGCUGCUCUGCCUCCUCGCCACCGCGUCGCGCCCCGAGCUCGUCUACCGCGACGGCGACGAGAACAAGUUCCGGCGGUGGGUCUUCCGCGAGCACAACGCCACCGUGUCGGUCUUCUGGUCGCCGUUUCUCGUCCGAGGCGUCGAGAAAUCGGCGGCGGCGGCGGCGGCGGCGGGGCUGGACCACAACGAGCUGCACCUCGACUCGGCCGACGCGCGGUGGGCGUCGGAGUUGGAUAGGAUGGACGCGGUGCUGUUCUCCGUCGGGCACUGGUUCCUGCACCCGGCCGUGUACUACGAGGGCGACGCCCUGCUGGGCUGCCACCACUGCCCGGGGCUCAACCACACCGAGAUCGGAUUCUUCGGCGUGUUCCGGAAGGCGAUUCGGAGGGCUCUUCGGGAGGUCGUGGACGCAGAGAAGGAGAAGCUCGUGGUGGUGACGACGUUCUCGCCGGCGCACUUCGAGGGGGAGUGGGACAAGGCCGGGGCGUGCCCGAAGAAGGAGCCGUUCGGAGAAGGGGAGAGGGAGAUGGAGUACACGGACAAGGAGAUGCGGAAAAUUGAGCUGGAGGAGGCGGCUGCGGCGGCGGCGGAGGCCAUGGCGAAGGGUGGAAGGGUGAAAAUAGAGGCGUUGGACGUGACGGAGUUGGCCCUGAUGCGGCCCGACGGGCACCCGGGCCCGUACAUGUAUCCGAAUCCGUUCGCCGAGGGGCCGAAGGAGAGGGUGCAGAACGAUUGCGUGCACUGGUGCCUGCCCGGGCCGAUCGAUGCAUGGAACGAGAUAUUGCUCGAUAUGAUGAAGAGAUGGAAAGAAGAGUGAGAAUUAUUGAACGGAAAAUUUUGUUGUGUGUAUCAAUGUUUUUCUUUUCUUUUCUUUUCUUUCUUUUCUUUUUUUUUUUCUCCUUUGUUUGAUUUUGUUUUUAGUUUAGGAUACUGUCGAGAGGGAUAAAGAGGUUGGUAUGUUUCAUGAGGGUUGAUAGGGAAAGAUUGAGGAAAUCUAGCAACGUUGAAAGUUGGGAACAGGUGAAAUCUGUAGGUUCCUCUUGGAAAGUGAAUUUAUUCGUACCAAAAUGGAGAAGGUCAUUAAUUUUUGUUCUCGAGCUA